AUGACGGCUCGUCGCGGAGUGCUCCGUGUCCCCAACUCGCUCAUCGCGUGUACCCUGACUGCCGCGGUGCUCUUCUCCAGCGCUGACGCGGCGACCAAUACCUACACCAAGGGUGUCGAUUGCGGAGAUUACAGCACGGUCACCGUUCAAGAAAAAGACGUGUGGCGCUGCUGCUCAGCGGAAAGAGCGAAAGGUUAUAAUUUUGCGGUCCGUCCCGCCGCGAAUAAGAAUGCCUAUCACAGCGUUCAGAUGCUGAUUCUGGACACGGGGAUAUACCAACAAGCCAAUGGGUUAUAUGAGCCCAAGCUAUGGCAUUAUUCGGGGUCACAAUGCGAUGUUGAGGACGACGGCGCCACGUGCACUGGCGAACCGUGUUACCGUCCCUCUUCUGCAUACAAGUGGCGGUGCGAGUCUGACAAGUGUUGCCAAUCCAGUCGGUAUUAUUUUCAAUAUUGCCUCGAAAUCAAGUGCAAUCACGCAGAUUGGGGGUGGUUUUCGUCGCCCUGCGAGUUCGACUAUGCAUAUGUAGUCUUCGACGAUGCCGUGCCGACCUCGUGGACUUGCGACAAAGACUUUUUUGCGGUUAAUGACGGAUGUGACUGUGGCUGUGGAGCGUUCGACCCUGACUGUGACAUCGCGGGUUCCACCGUCUAUGGAUGUAAUUCCCCGGAGCACACCGGUGAGUGCACACCCUGGGCCACAUGCGAGACGAAACAAUAUCCACCUCCACCUCCACCACAAUCACCUCCACCCCCUGUACCACCUCCACCCCCUUCGUGCACGGCGAGUACUUCACCCAGCGCUGACGGCAGCUUCGGGCCGUUCUACUGCAUCAAUGGCGGCACCGUGAGCGGCCUUGCCCCAUAUGGAUGCAAAUGUCAAAAUUGUAACCCGGGAUUCGGAGGCGUGAAUUGCGCGGACGCCAACGCUUGCUCUGCCUCGACGGACUCGACCAAGACGACGGGUAACGACGGCGAGUUCUGGUGCAUAAACGGCGGUGUGAUUGGCGGCAGUGCCGGAGGUUGCACGUGCACGGGAUGUGGCAAGGGCUAUACAGGCGAUCACUGUCAGACCGCGAAAGACUGCACUGCAGCCUCGGACGAAUCCAAGACGACCGGCGCCGACGGCGAGUUCUAUUGCGUCAACGGCGGCACCAUCGGCGGCGUCACUGGAUCGUGCACGUGCACGGGAUGUAGCAAGGGCUAUACAGGCGAUCACUGUCACACCGCGACAGCCUGCACUGCAUCCUCGGACGCGUCCAAGACGACCGGCGCCGACGGCGAGUUCUAUUGCGUCAACGGCGGCACCAUCGGCGGCGUCACUGGAUCGUGCACGUGCACAGGAUGUAACGCCGGCUGGGAAGGCGUUCACUGUCACACCGCGAAAGAAUGUUCAGGAACGAGGGAUUCCACCAAGACAAGCGGCGUCGACGGGAAAUACUACUGCGAGCACGGCACUGUAAGCGGCACCACAGGGGCGUGCCAGUGCAAAGAUUGUAAAACGGGGUAUGAGGGAACCCACUGCCAGACGCCCAAAAUUUGCACUGCAUCCUCAGACCCUGACAUGACGUCCGGCGCCAACGGCAUCUUUCACUGCAUUAACGGUGGCACCAUCGGCGGUGUCACUGGAUCGUGCACGUGCACGGGAUGUAGCAAGGGCUAUACAGGCGAUCACUGUCAGACCGCGAAAGACUGCACUGCAUCCUCGGACGCGUCCAAGACGACCGGCGCCGACGGCGAAUUCUAUUGCGUCAACGGCGGCACCAUCGGCGGCGUCACUGGAUCGUGCGCGUGCACGGGAUGUAACCCGGGAUAUGGAGGCACGAACUGUGCGACAAGCGGCGCUUGCUCUGCCUCGGCAGACGAGUCCAAGACGACCGGGAACGACGGUGUUUACUACUGCAUUAACGGUGGCACCAUCAGUGGAUCGUCAGGUUCGUGUCAGUGUACAUGUGCAGGCGGGUAUUCUGGAGAUCACUGCCAGACGGCGAACGCUUGCACCGCUACCACGGACGAGUCCAAGAAGGACGGAAAUGACGGCGCAUAUUACUGUAUAAACGGUGGAACUAUAGGUGGCAACACAGGAAAUUGCAAGUGUACAUGCGAUGUCGGGUUUGAUGGUGAUCACUGCGAGGACAGGAAAAUUUGCACCAACACCACGGACACAACCAAGACAACCGGCGCCGACGGCAAGUUUUACUGCAUCAACGGCGGCACUGUCGGCGGCCUCGCUGAAUCGUGCACGUGCAUAGGAUGUAACGAGGGCUAUGAAGGUGAUCACUGCCAGACCGGCAAGACGUGCAUUGCAUCCUCGGAUGCGUCCAAGACGACCGGGAGCGACGGCACUUUCUACUGCGUCAAUGGCGGCACCGUCGCCGGCUCAGUUGGAUCGUGCACGUGCACAGGAUGUAACACCGGCUAUGAAGGUGAUCACUGCCAGACGGCUAAAGCCUGCGCAGCAUCCCCAGACUCGGCCAAGAAUGGUACUGAUGGCACCAUCUAUUGCACUACUGGCGGCACUGUCGGUGGAAGCACCGGGUCGUGCAAGUGCACGUGCAAGGCUGGGUUCGAAGGCGAGGGCUGCAAAAGUAGAAGUGACGCGAAUGGCGCGACCGUGACGAAGAAGGAAGAGGCCGAGAAAACCCGCGACGCGAUCCUCAGUGGCAUCAAGGACGAAAAGAUGAAGAAAAAGGCAAAGCUACUCGCCGACGCGGCAAUCAGCGGGAAGAAGGUGAGGAAAAUGUCCGCCAAGCUCACAGCCCCCAACGAGAACACCGCAUGCUCCGACUACUACACCAAGGCGGGACUAGACAAAAAACUCGGCGCGUGCGUCGCGACGGCGGCGUCCAGGCGUCGGUCGCUCACGGCGACGACGUACGACGUCUCGGUGUUUUUCAGCGAGGCUGAGGUCGACGAAGCGGCGCUGACGGCUGCGGCGAACUCGCUCAAGGCUGAGGGCGUGACAGGGGUCCAGACGACGAACAGCAUCGACCCCAUCGAAGAACUUAAGACGAUCGAGGGCGUGGAUGCGAGCACCGUGGAGACGUUUAAGACGGUGGCAUCCGCGGCAGCCGCUACGAUGCCACCUUCGCCGCCGCCGCCGCCAAAACCUUCGAAGUCACCUCCGCCCCCGCCGCCGCCGAGCCUCAUCAAAGACGAAGACGACGAUGACCACGCGCCCGCUCGCCGAGGCUUCAUCUUCCUUCUCACGCUGACCACCCUGACUCUUCUGUUGUAA